AUGAACAGGAACAAAAGAAAGGUUCAAGAACAGCCUCACGUAGAGCAAGACAUUGCCUUUAGCACCAAGCCAAGCCCUGCAAGACCAGUGAGCGCAAAGAAACCGGUGGCGGCUCGAGCUAACAAUAGAGAAGAUGAAGAUAAACUAGUAAAGCUUUUGCCUCAAUCAACAAUAAUUAUAAAGAGCCUUUAG